AUGGAGGAAGCGUAUCGGGUGGUGCGGAAUACCACUUUUUAUGAUGUGGUGGUGAGCCCUUCGUCAAGAAAUGGGAGGGUAAUUGAUGUUGACGAUUAUUUUAAUAACUGGUAUAAAAGAAUAAGAAAUGAUGAAAAUUGUCCACAUUACAAAGAGAUGAUUAGAAUUAAUAAUAAUCACAAUAAACAAAGAGAAAAAAGAGAAGCAAAGGAACGUGAAGAACGAGAAAAACAGAGACAAUAUGAUCGAGAAGAAAGACAAAAAGAACAUGAGAAACGAGAAAAACAAGAAGCAAAAAAACGUGAGGAACGAGAAAAACGAGAAGCAAAAGAACGUGAGGAAAAGAAAAAGCAAAGGCAAUACGAGCAAGAAGAGUAA